UCAUUACUUUUUUUUAACGAUUCGACGCAAAUAAUGAGAUAACCCCAUGUUAAGUUAAUCAUUUAAAACAUUUAGUUUCGGAAAUAUAUUUACAAUUGAAGAGCACAGUACACUUCAUAAUGUUUCGCCUUUCUAGGAUUUAUAGCGCCACACGCCAAUUCACAGCAGUCCCAUGUUCGGACGUUCAUACAACAGCCAUUCAAUUUGAUACCCAGAAAUCAGAGAAAACUAUUAAUCAAGUCACACUUCUCGGAAGGGUAGGUGCAGAUCCUCAAAAAAGAGGAACAGAGGAGCGUCCAGUUGUGAAUUUUCCACUUGCCACACAUUUCAAUUACAAAUAUGAAUCUGGUGAUAUGUUGCACAGAACAGAUUGGCACAGAGUGAGCGUAUUUAAGCCUGGCUUAAGGGAUACUGUGUACAAAUACCUCAAGAAAGGACAAAGAGUCUAUGUCAUGGGAAAGUUAUCCUACGGGGAGAUUAAAACUGAGGAUGGACAAGUCCGAACAGCUUCAACAGUCAUUGCCGAUGACAUUAUCUUUUUCCAAAGCCAACUUGCAGAUGCUGAAUCAUAGGUUCUGACGAAAGUUCCAUAUAUUAAUAAGUAUACUGUAGUGAUACCACUUAUUUCAAUAAAUGCUAUUAUUUUA